AUAGAAUAAUUUGUUGGGAAAGCAAAAUGCAAAUGUCUAAACAAGAAAAAAAAAUAAAAAAAAAUUUAUCUUCAGAAAAGUACAGCAUCUGUCCUAAAUAUGACACUCAUCAUCAAAACCCUAUCCUGUUUAGAAUGUGUGUAUGUGUGUAAACUCAGUGUGUACACAGAUGUAUAUUUUUCCAUUUUACCACACCACAAACAAGAAUUAUAUCGGACUUAAAGAUAUAACACUUCAAAUUCAGAUAGGAAAAUGUAUAGAUAUAGCAAGACCUGAACAUAAACAUCAGGGUGAUUUUCUGGUGUGCUAAGAACUGCAAGCUCUCAUUGACGUGCGGAAAUCAUUUGGUUAUAAAGUUUCUAAGCAGGUAUACAAGUGACUUUAUAAAAAUGUUAUUUUGUAUUUUUAUAUUAAUUCUUCCUGGUGUAACAUGUAACUAGAUUAAAACAAAAUAUGCACGUUUAGAGACACAACCAUAAAAUAUUAAUCCUCCCUGAGGAGGCUAUAUUUAAUAAACAGCUACUAAAAGCUAACUUCACAGUGAAGCUAAGGAGAUAGACAAAAUAAGUGGGAAUAAAAUCGUCUAGGGGGAACUUGGAAGAUGUUUACAUGGCUCUAGGGUGGGAAGAGAUGAAAGAAACUAAGAUAUUUACUCCUUUGUAGAACAGUUGGUCAGUAUUGUCAACUCCAGGCAUUCAAAAAUCUAAUGAAGUCCCAGAGCUACCUUUCAAGGGCUAAUCUUAUCUUUCACGUCUCGUUUUAAGACUUUUUUUUUUUUUUUUUUUUUUUUUGUAAAUAAAAGCGUAUCCUCUUUGUUUUCCAAGUUAUUAGAGCUAAGGAUUUGAGAAUGGGGAUUACCCUUCUACCCCUGCGACGGUGAGGAAUAAAACUUGCCUUUCUUUUUAAAUGAAAUCCGAGACGACGAUACCAGAACAUGGCUGUGCCAACAGUAUCGUAAAAGCAAACUCCUGGGCUGUGAAAUCGUGAAAGAGGAAGGUUUCUUUCCUAGGCGGGAGCUUCUCCCCGGCCGCGGCGGGGGCGACGCGCUGUGGGCAGCCGCCGGCCGCCUCGCAAGGCGCCGGGCACCCGCCCGUUCCGCAGCAGGAGCCGCGGGGGGAAAGAAAGAAAGAGGCAGCAGGAAAUGCGGCGGCUAAGCCCCCAGCACUGCGCCGGGCUCCACCACACGCUGCUCGCCCCGUGGAAAGGCGGGACGGCGCCCGGCCGAGGGAGGGUCGCUGCCACCGCCCUCCCCAAAGAUGGCGCCGCGGCGGCAGGGCACUUCCCCCCGCUCCCGGCGUGGGGUGGCGGCGGCACCGCUGCUGGUGGUGCCGUCGCGGGCCGAUGACGUCGUCAGGCCGUGCGGAGGGUGCCCGGGGAUUCCCCGUGUUGUUGUCCCGGGGCCCGGCGGGAUGGGCGGCCGAAGCGCGGGGGGGCGCGGCCGGCGCUGAUGGCGGCUCGUUGGGCAGCCCGCGGCUCCGAGCCGGGGCCGGCGGUGGACGAGUUCACCGUCCCUGCGGAGAAGAGCCGCCUCCUGGAUGGCAGCCGGGGCCGCAUCGAGGGCUUGUUCGAGGUGCGGCUGGCCGUGCUGGGGGCGCAGGGGGAUUGGAGGCCCGUCCUCCCGCCGCCGGGACCGCCGCCCGCUGCCGCCCGCAUCUGGGUGCAGCUGGCGGGCGGCGGGAAGGCCGUGCGCAGCGCCAAGGAGUAUAUUAAGGGACUAUGUGAACCUGAGCUAGAAGAAAAGGAGUACUACCCAAAGGACAUGCACUGCAUCUUUGUUGGUGCACAGAGCCUGUUUCUCAACAGUCUUAUUCAAGAUACCUGUGCCGAUAUAACAGUGUUAGAAAUAGGACUGCUCAGUAUUAAAGGGGGUGCAGAAGCUGUUGUUAUGGCUCAAAGUCAUGUUCAGCAGUUUGUGAAGCUUUUUGAGAAUAAUGAAAGCUUAUUAAAUGAUAAUGAAUCGGAGAUUAAAAAGCAAUUCAGACAAUUUGUGGAAGCACAUGCAGAUAAGUAUACAAUGGAUUUACUGAUUUUGCCUAGCUCACUAAAAAGAGAACUCUUAGCUCUCACACAAACAGAGUGUUGUGAAGUGGAGAGCAACAUCAUAGAUCUUACAGGUUCUGAAAGCCCGACAGAGUUUUUACAGAACAAAGACUCCCAAGUAAUCAUUACAAAGAGAGAUGGAAGAGCAUGUGGUGAGGAAGCAAGAAACAAUGCUGGGACACCUGUAACUGAGCUUACAAAGCAGAUGGACACUGUAUUUUCUGAUGCUCCUGAAACAAGUUUUGUUCCCAUAAAUGUUGUGCCUCUGUUAGAGGCAGUGGUGUCUAAAGAAAGGCAGUCAUGUAAGAGAAGAUCCUCUAAUGAUGAGGAAAGGCUCCCUAAAAAGCAGUUCUCUUUGGAAAAUGAUCAGCAAGUAAAAUCUGCUUCACACAGUAAUCCUUCAGACAGCGAUGUAGUUAUUGAUCUGAUUUCGGGCAGCUGCAGUGAAUCAGAUGAUCCCAGAGACUGCUUUAAAGAAGGUGAUGAUAUCAGUGAGGAAAUGGAAUAUAAGAUUCUUGUGAACUUCUUCAGAACAAUGGGAUAUUCCCAAAAUAUCGUAGAAAAAGUUAUUGGUAUCCUAGGACAAUCUGUGGAACCAUUAACACUGCUAGAAGAAAUUGAAAAGGAAAACUUAAAAUUUCAAGAAGAACACGAACAGUCAUCUAAAAAGCCUGGAACUAUCAAUCUUCCCUUAGGAAGUAAUACAAAUAAUUCACAAAAGCCAGAAGACAAAGGCAUUUCUAGCAAUAAAAGUCCUAUUAAAUCCAGUCAUACUUCAAAGGAGACAAACGACCAGUAUCACAAAAACAGAGAUUCACUAAGCAUGCAAGUUGAUCCACAAGAUAAAAUGCAUAUAUCGGUAUGCAGACCUGCUUCUCCUUCCAGUAAAAAUUCAGCUAUAUGCUAUAAACAAAGAGACGUUUAUUACCCUGGUAAGAAUCACAGUACAAGGUCAAGUGAUACAGAAACUGAUGGCAUUGUAACUUUCGGCACUGUACAAACUGGAGCUCUAAAAGAUGUUGAUUUUGUAGCCAGAGGGAGCUCAGAUGUGCAGCGUAUCUCAACUAAGACUAAAACUGCAGUUCAGCAAAAAUCUGCAGGGCCCUCAACUGUACAGAAUAGUCAUCCUGGUUUUGAGGACCAAUUGGGACACUGCAGCUCUUCUCAAGUGAAAUCUCUCAACCAAUGGCUUUCCCAAACCUCAAAUUCUGAAAAUCCUAUCCCAGACCAGGUAUUAUCUUCACAAAUACAUCCUUCAAAUCCUGAUAGAGAGACAGUGGGACCAGACAGACAUCAUCCUGAUCCUUCAGUUACUGGAGUUCAAAGAUUUUUGGAAUCUCUGAAAAAGCCAUACAGACUGGAGUUGAAAAAUGAACCUGGGAAACCAUAUUUAAAACAUAUCAUUAUUGAUGGAAGCAAUGUUGCGAUUUCUCAUGGUCUAAGGAAAUUCUUCUCCUGUCGAGGAAUUGCUAUAGCUGUUGACUACUUUUGGAAACGUGGCCACAGAAAUAUUACCGUAUUUGUUCCACAGUGGAGAACAAGACGUGAUCCUUACAUUACAGAGCAGGAUUUCUUAACACAGCUUCAGGAUGUUGGAAUAUUGUCUUUAACCCCUGCAAGGAUGGUUUUAGGAGCAAGAAUUGCUGCUCAUGAUGACAGGUUUUUAUUGCACCUUGCUGAUAAAACUGGAGGUGUUAUUGUGACUAACGAUAACUUCAGAGAAUUUGUGACAGAAUCACUUGCCUGGAGAGAAAUUAUUCAAAAAAGGUUGCUCCAGUACACUUUUGCUGGUGACAUAUUUAUGGUUCCUGAUGAUCCUUUGGGAAGAAAUGGACCUAGAUUAGAUGACUUCCUUCAAAGUGAAGGCUGUUCUAGAGAUUUUUGGUCAGCACAAAAGGCUUUACAGAGCAGUGGAAAAUAUUCUUCUGAGACACCUUUCUUCAUACCAGUCCCCAAAGCAACCAGUAGCAGUCGACAGCCUAAAAACAAAGUACAUGGUGAUCGCUCAUCAGCGUGGCUUCCGCUGGAAACAAACGUACCGGCUUGUCUCGCAAUUCCACCACAGAGAUCUGCCUCAGAAACAAUACAGCUAAGAGAAGCCCUGAUAAAAAUUUUUCCUGAUUAUGAGCAAAGACAGAAGAUUGAUCAAAUACUAGCUGAUCAUCCAUUCAUGAGAGAUCUUAAUGCACUGUCUGCCAUGGUGCUUGACUGAAUAUUAUAUAGGGAUUUUAUAUCACAACUGAUCUAACUUUGAAUAUCAAUGUGAAGAAAAAUGUUCUGUCAUGUUACUUUGUGAAUAUUCAAAAUGUAAUUUUAUUUGUAUAAACGAAGAUAUUUUUUGUGUAUGUUCUGUUGCUAAUAGAUGCCAGUUUUUGGUAAAUUAAAAACUGCUGCUACUACAGAUUUGUAGUAAUAUUUUCUAUGAAAAAAACAAAUCUUCUGCUUCACUUGAAUUGCUUAUUAAAGCAGUAGCAGUUCUAGAGAACUGUUAUUCAGAGGCUUAAAAGUGACUCUUACAGCUUCUUAUAUAUUUUCCAGAUACACAUGCAUACUAUAACAUAAACCAUGCACCUGUCAGAUAUAAUUGUUGGUGUUUGUAUCUAGGGUAUAGUCAUUCUUAGAAAACCUACGCUCUACUAGUACCUCCUUCACAUAUGAACUUUAAAAUAUUUCUCCAUGGAAAUAAAUCAGACCCUUUUAAUAUUUUCAGGUGUGAAUACUUCUACAUAGUGUGUAUGUGAACCUGCUUUUAUUAAGCCUGCAUUGUGGAUUUUGGAAAUAGGGUAUACUCCAAAGGGUCUACAGACAGCAAUUUGAAGAUCACUGUAUGGGAGCAGUGAAUAUUCGGUGUAUUGUUGAAGUAGUGUCACAAGGUGGCGUUAUGCAUCUGUUGAUUUGUAAUGAUCAAUAGGAAAGUUUCUAAAAUUCUGAAGCGUUGGUUCUUAUAUAAAGAAAGAUUAAAUGCAAGACAGAUAACAGUAACUGUAAGAGUGUUAUGGAUAAAAUUUGACAUUAUAUGAAUAAUUUACAGCUACUAAGUAGCUUUCUGAUAUUACAGGUAGCUAAGAAGCUUUGUAUAUAUGGGUAAAAUCUUAGUGCCCAUGGAAUGAAAACCAAGAAAAUACAUUUGCCUGUUCAUCCAGGUUGAGAGAUAGUAUGCUACUGUAGUUAAAAGAAGGACGAUUUCAAUUAGAAAGUAGAAAUUCACAACUCUCUUCAAUAGAAGGUAUUUGUAAUGCUUUGAAAGACCUGUGUUACCUACAUUGCUUUUAAAGUUGGAAAUUCUUUUGACCAUCAAUACAGCAUAUUUAGUAAUCUGCACUGUUACCUGUUUGUCUUUGCCCAGCCUGUUCUAAAUCUGAAUACUGUGAUAAGCUGUUUACAGAAUGUGAUGCUGUUUGUAUAGAAAUGGCAUGCUGCCUUGUGCAGAGCAAGUAAGCUGCUGUUAAGUCAGCUUCAUCCCUUAAAUUUGUUCGGAGAUCUAUCCCAAAAGUAAGGUGGAAGGAAAGGAACAUGAUUUAUGAAAGCUGACCAAUAGAACCACUUUCAAGAGCAGGAGCAAAGUGAAGAGUACUAUCUCUCUCUGUACGUGCUUAAGUCUGUUACACCUUUCUUUUAACUGGUUUCAGCUGCUAAGUGUUUACAUUAGUAAAAUUAAAUUAGACUGUAAAGAAAAUGGGGUCUACAGAGCCCGUGUUAAACUUCUGAUGUACUGAGCCUUACCCUAAAGCAUAAGUAUAGUGGCUCUCCCUCCAGUUCCCUGGGUUCUGAAAUCACUCUUUGCUUAAAUGCAAAAGAGCUGAAAUAUACUGAGGAAAUUAGGGUGUCGAGUCUGUCUUCUUGCAAUGGCCCUCUCAGAUGUAUUGUGAAGAAACAGAAGGCAAAGUCUUGCUCUUCCCUCAACGGGGGCAAACUGAAAGAUGAGGGCAGCAAGAGCAAAAAAAAAAAGUAUUAGGAACAGCUAUUACAGCAUCUCAAAAUACAAGUGAAGAUGAAGACUGGUUUUGAGUAUGUGUCUAUAUCCAAACAGGCUAAUUUUGAUUAUUGUUUUUCUGUAUAAAUGAGAGGAAAAUUCAUUAGUCAGGUGGUCAGAGUCAUUCUGACCAGCACGUUUGCCAAGGAGCAGAGCUUACUUAUUAAGUGCUAUGUCAUCACCAAGUUCUGUCCCUGUAAAACUUAGGCAGGUUCCCAAAGGCUGUUGUCACUGAUUGGAGUUGGUACUGUUUUAAUAAGUAGUAAAGGAAUAAAUUAUGACCAGUGAAGGGCUUUUCUUUAACAGGGAUAUGAUCCUAAGGAGGACAGUGGUGGUGAAUUGGAUAAUUUGCCUUAGUUCUACAUUGGAGUGAGAUACAGGAACUCUGGGUCGACUUAAUUCCUAAUCAGCUCUUCUAGAGGCAAUCAGGGGAAUCAAGGAAAUGAGCCAAGAGUAAUACAAACUAUUCCACGUCUCCUUUGCAUAUUACUAUAUUCAAAACUGAAACCAACUCUGCAGUUAGAAGUGCAGAUAAAAUAAUAGUGUUUUCAUUUGUUUGUCACAAGGAAGAAGAUAAAAAAUGGAGUAUGACACUGCAGGGGCAGCAAAAGAUAAGUACCAUGUUGAUUACUAUCUAGUGUGGGAAGACAUGGUGAAGUAUGUAAACUCUUUACUAGCUAGCAGUGGGUUGGGGAUCUAUAUUAAUGCUAGUAAAUGGUGAUGUGCUGAUGACCUAAUGCUAAAUGUGCAAUUUGAAAUGAAUUAAAGAGGAAUGUAACAUCAGGUGUUGAGCAGAGUAGUAGCUGAUUACUUUUGUAUGACACAAAAAGCCUAUCCGAGAAUAGUAGCUAUCUAAAACCUGUAAUCUUACUACUUUUUUCCCAGAUACAGGACACACUUGACAAAUUAAUUGAUUUUGGCAGAAGCUUGUUGCUGGAGGUUAAGCUGUCACAGCAUAAAAGUUCAUGUAAAAUACCAAGUGAGACCAAAUGUUCUUUGUUUUCUAUUUUUCUUUUUUUGGGUUCUGUUGGCCCUUCAACUUUGAGUUUUAACUACUACAUCUCUGUUAAGGGGGAAGAUGGCAAACAUAACCAGUAUGGUCUGAAUUUUCCUUGAGGAAAUAGGUGGAGCUGUUGCAAUGUUAUGCCAUAUAUGGUGGAGGAGCACCCAGGGUGGCUUCUCAACUGCAGUAGGAACAAAACCUGUCUUUCAGUUUUGUUUUCGCUUGUUUUUAGUUCCCUAUUAGUCUACUUACUGUAAAUAUGGCUGUUCAUAAAAUCCAUAAACAGCCUUUUUCAGUGCACAACAGAACUAGUACUGCAUGAAGAAUAGCAACCAAGAAAGCUUUCUUGCACCCAACAGACCAAGUUUUUUAUUUGGAUUUUUUUUAAUGGCAAAGAAAAUAUGCUAUUUUAUGCAACAAAGUUGGUCUGUGAUUUUCCAUUUUCAACUGUACAAAGUCCUCAGAGUGGAAUGAGCAGAGGAAAAGGUAAAGUCCAAGUCUGAACAUAGCCAGAAUGUUCCUGAUUCCUAGAAUAAACUAAUUUUCUGUGAAAUGAUAUAUUUUGCUAAUACAGUUUUCAGUUUAUUGAUAUUUCCACUGAAAUGGGAAGAUAAAGGAGUGUUUCUUUGAUCUUGCAUAGAGCUUCCAUCUUGUCUAGGAUAAGAUAUUAAUAAUUCCAGGUAGAUACAACUACUUUUACCUGAACAGAACAGCCCUGUAUUUACCUGUAAUAGUAAAAAAGUGCCAAGACCCAACAAUAACAAAUAAAACACCCCAAAUCCUCGAUUAUAUGUUUAAUCUCCUAGCUCCAUCCUAAAUCAAUAAAAUAUCAUAAUCACC